AUGAUCUGGAACUUUGCCCUCUGGAAGAAUCACAGCAGUAAAGUCGUGUGUGAAAAUGAGAAGCUGCGGCUGGUCUGUAAGAAUCAGACAGUGCUGGCCAUCUACUCAGCUACGUUCGGCCAUUUACACCAUGGGAACCCUGAGUGUCCACAAGGGAACAGCACAGGACCUGACAUUGAGUGUCUGUCCCCCUUGGCCCUGAAGAAGGUCUCUCGGAGGUGUCACAGCAAACCCAACUGCUCGGUCUCUGCUGACAUGCACACUUUCGGGGACCCCUGCUUCCCAGGGGUGAUCAAGCACCUGAGGGUGUCGUACACGUGUGUCCCUACAAACCUUUUGGAAGAACUGGGACGCGGAUCGCCAGACCCCUUUUCACUGUCAGACUACACACACGGAGGGUGGUACACUGGCCCAGGAGUGUCCAGGCUUCAGGACAAACUGGUGAUUUUUACCAGCUCUUUGGAAAUCUUUGCCCAGAUCUGGGGGUGGCCCGAGAGAGUCGCUCUGUACUUCGUCUCUGGAAUCUGCGCCGGCCUGGUCUUCCUGUCCUGCCUGUUUGGGCUGAAGGCCACGCUGGUUCGAGACAUCAAGGGUCUGUGCUUGGACCUGGAGGAGGAGUUGAAGGUGGACCUGCCAGCGGAGGACCCCAGUCGGGAGGAGAUCGAGGACUACGAUGACGACACCUCCUCUGAUUCCUCCUUCCGCCGCCUGACUCGCUCCUACCGUGCCUCUGAAAACAUCUUCAGCCCGGAAGUGACGGCUGAGCUGGUGGACAGAGCCGAGGUCAAGGAGCCAGGGGUCAAUGAAAUCUGGCUGCACAAGGACUCAAGCCCCUAUGCCAUUCACAAGAUCAAAGCAGCUACUAAAUAAUGCUGGGUGAACAAUGAUCAUGUUAAAGAUGCAAAAAGCAAUUUAAAUGUCUUGUUUCACAUGCUUCUUAACAACAAAUCAAGAUGUUUUAUAUAUAUAUAUAUAUAUAUAUAUAUAUAUAUAUAUAUAUAUAUUUGUGAUUUGCUGUGACUUUGUAGGGACUCAGAUCAGCUGAGAGACUGACUAACCUUUCACAUGCAAAGCUAAACUGACAAGGACUAGCAAGUGAGCAACUAAUUCAAAGCUUGAGAUUAACAAUAAAACUGUGGAAUGUAGAGCUCUGAUAAAAUAAAAUAAAAUAAAAUAAAAAUUCCCCUUUAAAGCGGAUUAUUUUAAUUCUAAGGGGAUUUUAUUUCCUAGAUCAGUGCCACCUAGUGGUUGAAUAGUGUGCUAUGCUUGGUAACAAGUAAUGGAACAAGUUAACUGUGAAUUUUGUAUCGUAAGACAACUCCAAAACCAAGGCAAUCCUAAAACCGAAAUAAUGAGCAAACUUACCCCUUUACUCGUUUGCUUCUGAAUUACCAAUGAAAUUGACAUGUCUGGGUUGAUGCUUUAGGAAACUAUGCAAUAAAGGAGUUCUCGAUGUGUCCUGUUUUAAACUGGAAUAAAGCUAAGACCCUCA